AUGCGCAAUUCUACUUGAAGGGCUAAUUUCCCAACUCUAAGAAUUUGUUAAAGAAGAAGAGGAAAAAAAUAUUGUUACUAUUUUGCUCCCGAUGGUUGUACCAUGUCGAGGCGCAAGCAAGCCAAGCCGCAACACAUAAACUCCGAGGAGCCCGGUUCGGCGGAAAAUGGUGCUCUGCAGGAUGGCCCGACGGAAGAGGACGGGAUCAAGGUGAAGAGGAGCCGAAUGGAGGAGACUCAGGUGUGCGACAAGUGCUGCGCCGAGUUCUUCGACCCCGCGGAGUUCCUCGAACACCAGCGAAACUGCACUAAAAGCCAGCAGGUGCUCAUUAUGAAAGACUGCGACGGAGCGAUGGUGCCUUGCGAGUCUGCGCAGGGCUCCCCCGAUGGUUUCCCGAGUUCCCACAGCAACGGCCAGUCCGGUGGCGACCCGCAGUCCAAGGGCAGCCCCGGCCUGACGGACAGGAUGGAGGAGGAGCCGCAACUGAACAAUGAAGAACCCCCAAAGCCGGCGGAUGCCGAGAUGUCCACUGGGCUUGAGUCAAACUAUCUGCCAGCGCCCAAAAUGCAAGACACUAAUGUGACAUUGGAGUCCAUGCCUGCCACCAAAGUGGCCGUCACCCAGCAUUCGUCCAGCCACAAGUCCCCGCCUUCACAGGCUAACCUGCAUGCCAUCCCCAUGAUCCUGGAGCAGCUGGUUAGCUUGCAGCAGCAGCAGCUUCAGCAGAUCCAGCUGACGGAGCAGAUUCGGAUUCAGGUUGCCAUGAUGGCGCCCCAGAGCCUGCACUCUGCCGUGGGUGCUGCUGUUGACCCGCUGAAGGCCCUGGGAGCCCAUCUGUCCCAGCAGCUCUCGGCUGCUGCAGCCUUAAUCGGAAAAAGGACUGGCACUCAGAGCUUGUCACUAGAGACUCUCAAACAAGCAGGCCACCUACCUCACUCCAGCAGUGGUCCCAUGUCACUCGCAGGUGCCAUGCCCUCCAAAUCAGAUUUGUCAAAAGGGCUCCCAGAUCUGGCCAAUCGGCUUCCAGCGCUGCUUCCUCAGUCUCCAGGGGCACUGGCUUUCCAAAGCCCGUUUGCAGCCAUGUCGGCCGGACUGGAAGCCUCCAAAAAAGGGAAGGGCAAACUCCCUAACAUGGUCAUGGAACCCAAGGCUGGCUCUGAGCAUCAGUUCAAGCACAAGUGUAAGUUCUGUGGGAAGACCUUUGGAAAUGACAGCGCCCUCCAGAUCCACUUGCGCUCUCACACAGGCGAAAGACCCUACAAGUGCAACAUAUGCGGGAACCGCUUCACCACCAAAGGAAACCUCAAGGUGCAUUUCCAGAGGCACAAGGAGAAGUACCCUUAUAUUCGGAUGAACCCACACCCUGUGCCAGAGCACCUGGACAACAUUCCCACCAGCAGCGGCAUUCCUUAUGGCAUGUCCAUGCCUAUAGAGGAAUCCAACCUCGUGGAUGGCAAGUCCACUCUGGGGCUUCCCUCAGCCGGCUUUCACCCUUCGGUGCUGCAGGGUCUCAAGCCCUCCUUUGAUGUUCAGCUUGGCGGUGACAUGUACUCCCAGAGGCCUUCCUCUUCUGGGAGCGACGGAGCCUCCAUUUCCUCCAGCAUGUUCAAUCAGGAGAUGGGAGGCGAUCAGUCCCAGGAGCCCCCAGAAGGCCUGGCCAGUUUGCACCAUCUCAAUGGCAACGGCAUGUCAGGGGAGCACGGCUCGGGCACUGCCAAGCUGCAGCAGAUGGUAGACGGCCUGGAGAAGAAGACCAAUGACCCCAACGAGUGCGUGAUUUGCCAUCGGGUGCUGAGCUGCCAGAGCUCCCUCAAGAUGCAUUACCGCACGCACACCGGGGAAAGGCCGUACAAGUGCAAGAUCUGCGGCCGGGCCUUCUCCACCAAGGGCAACCUGAAGGCCCACUACGGUGUCCACAGGGCCAACACGCCCCUGAAGAUGCAGCAUUCCUGCCCUAUCUGCCAGAAGAAGUUCACCAACGCCGUGGUUCUCCAACAGCAUAUCCGCAUGCACAUGGGUGGCCAGAUUCCCAACACCCCCCUGCCAGAGAGCCAGUUUGAUGGCCCAGAGAUGAUGGAUCCGGCCCUGCCUGAGGAUAAGGCUGUGGAUAUGAGUGGCUUCAAUGAUGAGAGUCUGGAAGAGCCAGAAAUGGAGGCGGAGUCUAAGGAGAAGCCCAGCAACUUCUCAGAACCCCUGCCACCCCCCUCCACUCAGCAGGAAGAGCAGUCCCCCCAGCCCCCUUCUGUGUUCUCCAGCAUUGCCGCCCUGGAGAACCACAUGAAGAACCUCACCUCCGCCCUGAAUCUCCAGCGGCAGACGAGCACCAACUCCGAGAGCGACGGCGCAGCCAAAGAUUCGCCCUCCAUGGCGGGAGAUCAGGAGUACCAGAAUGGCAGGAGCCCCACCGUCUCUGACUCGGUCUCUUUCCAGUCAUCCUCUCCUGUGGACAGUCAGCUGGGGAGCAACCAGUCAAAGUCCCCGGAUUCGGGCAACCCAGAAGACUGCAGCAGGGCGGUCUCCAGACCAGAUUCAGACAGCGGCACCGCUGAUGCAGAAUCCAACGGCGCUCUGGACUUAACAUCAUCGAGUUUUACCUCCAAGCCAAUCAAGGAGGAGCCUGGCCUGUCCUUCCCAAAUGGUGAAUAUGGUGCAAGCCAUAUGCCUUACAUGCGAGUCCCCCCGAGUCUGGUAAAGCUGGAGAUGCAGACUCCUCCAGAGAACCCUAUGGGUGCCCACAACCUGUUCGGCCAUCAGAUGCCCCUGGGGACAGGCGUGCAGCCAACCACCACCUCCGCUCCCCGCCGCUCCGCGAAGCAGCAUCUGUGCAAUGCCUGCGGCAAGAACUUCUCCUCCGCCAGCGCCCUGCAGAUCCACGAGCGCACGCAUACGGGAGAGAAGCCCUUCGCCUGCACCAUCUGUGGCAGAGCCUUCACCACCAAGGGCAACCUCAAGGUGCACGUUGGGACUCACAUGUGGAAUAACUCGACGAGGCGGGGCCAGAGGCUGUCUUUGGACAACCCGAUGGCUCUGAUGGGCCUGGGCCCAGAGGCCAAGAUGGUGCCUGAGAUGAUGCCGCCUCCCAAGGACAUGGCUCCUCCCCCGAUGAACUUUGACCCCACUGUGUGGAACCAGUACGCUGCCGCGUUCACGAACGGGCUCACCAUGAAGACCAAUGAAAUCUCAGUCAUCCAGAACGGGGGCAUCCCCAUGCCGGGGGGCCUUGCUGGGGGUGCCCUAGUGGGCUCCACGGGUGGCCUGAUGAAGAUGGAUGGCUCUCAGGCUGGCCUCCCCGCCUCCGUCGCCGAAAUGGAGAAGAACGGGACGGAAGGUGUGGCAAAGCCCCAGUUCCCGCAUUUCAUGGAAGAGAGCAAAAUUGCGGUGAAUUGA